ACACUAUAUUUACAUGUAGAGUAGAAGAUGGGAAAAUUACAAGGUUAUUGAGUCAUGUUAUGUUUAUUUAUUGAUUACAUACUGUACAAAUACAGCAUCUUGGAAAUACCUUUAUCUAAACAGGGACUACAAGAAACCUGUGCGUUACCAGUGACAGGUGCUCUAAACCUCUCAUCUUUGUCUCACCCAGAUUUUUUUCUUCUUCACCCAAACAUAGCAGGCCAGACAUUUAAGCAGCUCAUGGGUGACACAUUUUUGGCAAAAUGAGGUUGCAGUUAGUAUUAAUGUUGUAAUAAAUGUCUCAGAACUUUUGUUAUUGGGUAAAAUCAGAGGUCAUGAUCUAAAAGCCUCCUGUCAAGCCCCAUGAGUUAAUCAGUGAUGAGAAACACAUCACCUUUCACUCAUCUCAGAAAUGUCUUUGAUAAAGGACUUUCAUUUGACUUUGGAAACGACUAAUGAAGAUGGUAGUUAUUCUGAAGGAGAUACUAUAGUGGGCACAGUUAGUUUCAGACUGACAACAAACGUCAGAGUUAAGAGCCUGACUGUAAAAGCCAAAGGAGACGCAAAGACAAAAUGGACAGAAGGAGUAGGAAAGUUCAAGAUGACGUUCACUUCAAAAAAGAGAUAUUUCAAAGUAAAGGAACACUUACUGGAAGACAAUGGUAAAGGCACUUCACUUUCUAAAGGGGUCCACACUUUUAGGUUCAGGCUCAAACUCCCAGAGGGGAGCAUGCCUUCAUCCUUCAAGGGGGUAGAUGGAAAAAUUGUGUACAUGUGUGAAGCAAAAAUAUCCCUGAGCUGGAGGUGGCCUUCUAAAGUUAAAAAAAAGAUCAACUUCAUUUCCAAGACGUUUCAACAGUUUUGGGAAGGGAUGCGUCCACAAUCUGGUACAGUGAGUAAAAACAUAGGUGGGCUCUCCCAGGGAUGGGUCCAAAUGUCUGCUACCAUUGACAGGAAUGUUUGCACUCCAGGUGAAACUUUAUCUAUUGUUGCCAAAAUCUGCAACUCCUCUUCCAAGAACACGAGACCCAAAAUCAAACUUGAACAAAAAACAGUCUACCGCAGCAAGUACAAUAGUGAGAAGUUACUUAAAAAUCUAUUCAAAGAGGCCGGGCGCACUAUCAGUCCAAACUCAGAGCAAACUGUCUCCUGCCAGUUGAAGAUUCCUGAUGAUGCCAUCUCCACUAUCCAUAACUGUGAAAUCAUCUCAGUUGAAUAUUAUGUUAAGGUUUCUUUGGACAUUAGCUUUGCCUUUGACCCAGAGGUGGUGUUUCCACUGAUCAUCGUUCCUUCCAGAUUUGCAGCCAUUCAGCCUGGUGAGCCUGUGGGGCCUUACCCACCUGGGACAACCGAGACCACAAGCUGCAGUGAUGUCUCUUCUCCUGUCUUGGACGCUGAAUUAGAUCCUAGACCCAAAGAGCCGGGUGCCUGUCACUACCCCUCCCCAGAUCCCACUCAGCACAUAAUAUAGCAAGUGGCAACUAUAACUAGUGGUCUAAAAAUGAAUUUUGUUUGAGGACCUCCAUCUUUCUUCUGCUUUUCACUCUUCUUUCUUUAUGUAUGGUACAAAGAAAGGUGGGAGAAAUAGGAGGCAUGGGUACUAAUAGAGUGAAGCACGCCGUCAUCAGGAGACUUUGAAUUGGAUGAGGAUGCAUCCUGUGUGGGCUAAUGGGCUAUUAUACUGAGUGUUAAGAAAGACAAGCAGUAGAAUCCAUUUUGAUUUGAUUUUGCAGGCAAUACUGUGAAGCAAAAGGAUAGCCAAGUAAAUGUAUGCAAAUAUUAGGGCUAGUUUAUUUGCUCAUGUGUGAUGACUCAGUAGGGGGAAGGAGACUGUUAUUUAGGUUCUUGAAAGCAACCAAACUUUUCUCCAGAAUUGGACUUAUUAGGAGAAGUGACACAGUGAAAGGUCGGUGACUGAUUAAAGAAUCAAUAGGAAGCAGCAAUACAAUAUAAAUACACACACACAGUACCCAAGUAAACACCAAUGAAGAAGAACACGGGCACAGGAAGAGAGAGGGCUAAGCAGAGCAAGGAAAAGCAGCUGUCAAACAAGGUAAUGAUGGUAAUGACAUUCCCAUUCAGAAAACAGAAGCCAGUUUAAAUUUCUUUGCUUGCUAGGUGCUGAGCCAGUGUAGAAUCAUGAGAGUGCCCACUCUUUCCUAGAUGUCUACUAGCAGCGUUUCAGCUAUUGUUACACAAAGCUGUGUACAGAAAUGAUGAUGUUUUUAUAUUAAACGUUUUGGUGGUACAUAAAGAUGAGUAAGUACAUUAAGACCCUACAAAAAUUGGUCAGAGAUUAUCACCCAAGUAGUGACUUAAGGCUUCUGAAAGAAACUGAGCUGUGAAUUAAAUCAUGUUACUGAGCGCAGUUUUCACCUCUUGAUGUCAGUGGAGUUUCAGCAACACACAAACAGACAGAACAAAAAUGAGAGAAAUAAUGAAAUUAUUUUCUUACAGAGAUUCUCAGAGUUUCAGUCCUUUGGUUUAAGCUUCAUUCUCUGAUCCAGUCUUUGUUUCUCUUUUGUUGAUCCAAGCAGUCAUCGGCAGUCACCUGGGCUACAGCAUGGCUUCAUACAUUUGAGCUGUGUAGUUUCUUAUGAAGUUAGUGUAUAUGUUUAGGCAUUUAGGCGUGUUUAGGCCUCCCCUCUUUUUUACCAUUACACAUACAGCUGUUUCUCAGAAAGGUGUUCAUCUAAGCCAGGGGUGGGCAACUCCAGGC